AUGCAACCAUUCAUGGUUGAUGAUAUUCCUUGGAGACCCCAGGAGAUUGAAGCAUUGAGAAAGUUCUUGCUGGAUGUAAAGUCAAGAGGGCAACUUACGCAUACUACGAAGAGUGAUUCUUACAAUGUUUGUAUUUUAAAGGGUCAGACAGGAAGUGCCAAGAUGUCAACAAUUAAACUCCUAUGCAAUAACUGUGGUUUGAAAAUAAUAGAGUACGACCCAUUUGAUGUUUCUGCAGUUUGCAGGCCUGAAGAACAUGAUUCUGCAAUUUCAUCGUUAGUAUCAUUUUUGGAAACUGCAACAAGUAGAUCAGGACUUAAAAUGACUAAGAACUCUUUAACUUUUUCAAGCGGAAGUUUAGCCUGUCCCCUUGUUUUAGGUUCAAGGAAAAUAAAGCGUUUGAAAUGCACAAGCGAAAAUGCAAAUGCUGAAUCUAAUACUUCAAAUAGCGAACCUCAUUUGAUUUUGGUUUCGGAUUUGCCUAGAACCAUACUAACUAGCAAAUCUUCAUCCUUGUACGAAAUUCAGUACCUUUUAAAGUCUAUAGUAAAUGGUCAAAGCACUCAUAAUGAGAAAACUUACCCUUUGCUAAUUUGUGUAAACAAUUCAGCUGAGGAUACAAUGAUCUUAAAAAGAAUCCUUCCGAAUAAUUAUACAAAACAUCCAAAAUGUCUAAACUUGAAUCUAAAGAACAUAUCAAAAACUAAAAUGAAGUCUCUUUUAAAGUUGGAUAAAAAAUUCCAGCGGUUUGAUAGCCAUUUUAAUAGUCUUCUUCUGGACUAUGUUGCCAACAUUAGCUCAGGAGAUAUUAGAUACGCCUUUAAUAAUCUUCGGUUUUACCUUUCAAAUAGUAAGGACCAAGGUUCCAAUACUAUAUCGCAAUUUGAUACAUUAAAGGCUCAUAUGUUGGAAAGGAAUAUCUUCAAUACAUUUGGUUUACUUGGAAGGGUUUUAUAUAACAAGAGAUUACCAAUUAGCCUCUCUUGUCCUAAUGAGAAUAAAACAAUACCAAUGAAUAUGAACAUUUCCAGAUUCAAGAAAUGCAUGGAUAUUAGCAGAGCUAUCCAAAUUUACGAAACGGAAUACGUGGAUGGAGUUAGUUGUGAUUACGCUGAUAUCUUGGAGAUAAUUCCACUUAUUGAUUCAACAAUUGCUAGUAUGGAGUCAUCUAUCACUUACGAGCCUCCUACACAAGAGUUUGUGACCUUUAGUAGCACACAAAAGAAGCCCAUUGUUUCUCAAACUGAAAGUAAAAAGCCUCACACUAGCGAUUCAAACCCACAUGUAGACUUAGAACUAGUUAAUAAUGAAAACUUGGUCCUCACAUGCGAAGGGAACGUGGGUGGUACAGAUUCUGUGAAUCUAUACGAUCCGCUAAACAUGGUCAUGUGGAACAAGGGAUAUUUUGAUGAAUCAUUUUCAGCGGAAAUUCCUGCAAAUGUGCGAUUAUUUGGGUUAGUUGAUCCUUUUGAUGAAAAGAAUCCUCUUGGAUAUACAAAAUGGCCUAAAAUUGAAAGCAAGGGCGAUUGCACUCCUUCUAGACACACCAGACAUGAUAUGCUUCCUAAGUUGAGCAGACCACAAUUAUACUACGAUCCAGAUUCUAUAAUAGAUGAUUUAAAUUCUGAAUACAAUUAUUUUGUAAAUUCAAUGUUUGAUAACUACUCUGAUCUUUUUGGAAACAUUGAUGAUUGUGCUACAUUUUCUACUCAUUUGACUUGUGCUGAUAUGUUUUAUACAAGAGUAAAGGGAGCCUCUUACUAUAUCGGGGAUGAUAUUGGAAUUAAUAGGCAUUUUAUAUCUAUUUGUAUACGGGCAGCUGUAGAUUCUAAUUUGAGUGGUUUUGAGGGGACAAAGAAUGAGUUUCACCCAUUUACAAAGUAUACCACAAGUGGAAGCAUAAAAUACAAGACAGAUUACAUACGUGGGCUAUAUGACUCUUAUAGGAUGGAUGUGCACAAGUUAUUAACAAGUGACGAAUAUAUACCAUCACACUCCAGCAUACACGCAUCGGCAAGUAAGGCAUUCAUAGAGACGCUUCCAAUGACAUUUAUUGCACUAACACAUAGCACUGAGCCAAAACAUACACAGGUUCAUGAUGUUUAUGAAAAUGUACAAGAUGACUCUAGAAGAACAUCAAUAGAGAGUACCUUUGAGGAUAUAAUGACGUUGGAUGUGCUCGACCAAGUGGAUGAAUUAAUGCAAGGGACUGGAUCAAAGAAUGUAAACACAAGAGGUAGAAAUGAUUCUGUAAACCUUAUAAAACUCAUGGACACAGUUACACCCAGGUUCAAGGAUUUGCUUAGCGAAAUCAGCAAGCACUAUGCCAACUUUGGGGGCAAUUCACAAAUUCAAAUUACACACAGUAUCAAGCAAGCUUAUGAGCGUAUUUCAGAUAGCUCUUAG